UGAAAGAAGAAACAAAAGGCAGAGUAUACUUCCCAAGAAAAAGGAAGCUUUCCAGUAUCUUUAUUGAUUGAGAGUAAUGACCAUUUGAAUCCAAAAUCUGACUGCAGGUGCUGAAUACCCUUCGUUGCAAAAGCUAGUGAUGAAGAAACAAAGAAACAAAGGUUUUAAGAUACACUCUUUCCACUACGCUGUGUUAUAAUAUCACAAGCGGCCAUGGAAUCGGCAGCAAAGAUUCAGAGAGAAGCAACAACCAUUUCAUUGCAGGGUAGCGCUUCUGGAGAAGCUGGAAAAGAAGACCAUGCUUCGGAUGAAAUGUUGAAGAAGUCAUCAAAAGAAGUGGCUACUUCUCUUCAAGGAAGGUUGGACAGGUUGACUCCCCUGUCGGCUACAUGCUGUAUAUAUAGAGUGCCACAGAAACUGCGGAAAGUAAAUAUGGAAGCCUACACGCCUAGAGUAGUCUCCAUCGGUCCCUUACAUCAUGGCGAAGAGCACUUGAUCGCCAUGGAAGAGCAUAAGCUGAGGUACCUCCAAAAUUUUCUUCAUAGAACCCGCAAAACCUUAGAGGAGUGUGUUGAAAUUAUAUCCAGGGAGGAGAAAACGGCCCGAGACUGUUACAUGGAGCCCAUAAACAUGAGCAGCAAAGAAUUUGUGGAGAUGAUUCUAGUGGAUGGUUGCUUCAUCAUUGAAGUGAUCUUGGGCUUUCAGAAUUGGAACGGUCGUACUGGCAAACCAGAUGAUCGGAUAUUCAACAAGCCAUGGUUGAUCUAUGAUGUGCGCCGCGACAUGACCUUACUAGAAAACCAGCUUCCAUUGUUUCUUCUCCUCACUCUCUACAGCCAGCUGGAAGUUCCACGACACCAAAAUCACUACGAUUCAUUCCUUCUCUUGUCUGUCAACUUCUUCAAAUUCUAUUCGCAAAUGCCAGAAGCCAAAAGUUGUGAAGAAAUAAUUAAAACUAUUGCAAAGAAGGUCUCUAGUACUCGUGAAGAAAUAAAGCACUUUGUUGAUUUGCUAAUAGUUUGUCAGCAACCUUCAUCCACCAGGCCACAAAACCGAUCAGACUUCAAAUUCAUGAUACCUUCCGCAACACAGCUCCAUGAGGCAGGGGUGAGGUUCGAAUUGGGCUCAAAAGAAGAACGCUUACUUGAUAUCGUCUAUAGAAGAAGUGAUGGUGUUCUGAAAAUCCCAAGGCUAAAGCUGGAUGACAAGUGUGAACCCUUGUUUCGAAACCUCAUUGCCUUUGAGCAGUGUCACUACCGAGAACGCCUCUACAUUACCGACUACAUAACCCUCAUGGAUCAACUUAUAAACACGACUAAAGACGUUGAUGUACUUGUUAACAAGGGAAUUAUUGAAAACUUGCUGGGCGACAACGUUGCGGUUACGAAUCUGUUUAACAAUCUACUCAUUAAUGCUACUACAGGGACUGAUUUCUAUCUUGCAGAUGUAACUGAAGGCCUAAGUGAAUACUGCGAUGUUCCAUGGAACAGGUGGAAGGCAGCAUUGAGACAUGACUAUUUCUGUUCACCAUGGAGAGGGGCGUCUACAAUUGCUGCAGUUAUACUCCUCCUACUCACUCUCAUACAAACCAUAUUUUCAGGCAAGCCUGUUAAGUAAUUACUUUUGCUGCUGAAUUAUCCAUCUGUGUAUAUAUAUGAAAUGUACGUUGUUACACAGAUGAAUGUGCUUUACUCCUAUUCAAUGUAUGAAUUAAACAGACCAAUAUUUGUGGACGUUGUUCCCAUGUAAUUCAUGUUUUUUGAAAUUGAAAGUUUGCUUUUGAUUCACUGAAUAAAUAAAGAGAUUUGUUAUA